AUGGAGGUGCCACCGUCUGUGGAGAUCACCGAUGGGCAGCGCCUUGAGACUGAGCAGCUGCAGGACGAGAGCAGUAUGGAUGGAGUACAGCAGACAGGGGAGCGGCAGAUUGGGGAGCAGCAGAUAGGGGAGCAGCAGAGUGGGGAGCAGCAGAGUGGGGAGCAGCAGAUAGGGGAGGAGCGGAUUGAGGAGCAGCAGAUGGUGGACCAGCAGCUAGGGGAGCAGCAGACAGGGGAGCCGCAGACAGGGGAGCAGGAGAUAGCAGAUCGCACAAGGGCGCGGGCAGCAGUAGGGCGCACGAGGGCGCGGGCAGCAGCAGAGCGCACGAGGGCGCAGGCAGAGCAGAGCGCACAAGGGCGCGGGCAGCAACGGGCGGCAACGGGCAGCACAGGCACGGGCAGCAACGGGCGGCAACAGGCAGCACAGGCACGUGCAGCAACGGGUGGCAACGGGCAGCGCAGGCACGGGCAGCAACGGGCGGCAACGGGCGGCACAGGCACGGGCAGCAACGGGCGGCAACAGGCAACACAGGCACGGGCAGCAACGGGCGGCAACAGGCAGCACAGGCACGGGCAGCAAUGGGCAGCACAGGCACGGGCAGCAACGAGCGGCAACGGGCAGCACAGGCACGGGCAGCAACAGGCAGCAACAGGCAGCAUAGGCAUAGGCAGCAACAGGCAGCAACGGGCAGCACAGGCACGGGCAGCAGCAGGCGGCAACGGGCAGCACAGGCACGGGCAGCAACGGGCGGCAACGGGCAGCACAGGCACGGGCAGCACCGGGCGGCAACAGGCAGCACAGGCACGGGCAGCAAUAGGCAGCAACGGGCAGCACAGGCACGGGCAGCAACAGGGGGCAACGCCAGCACAGGCACGGGCAGCAACGGGCGGCAACGGGCAGCACAGGCACGGGCAGCAACGGGCGGCAACAGGCAGCACAGGCACGGGCAGCAACGGGCAGCACAGGCACGGGCAGCAACAGGCAGCAACAGGCAGCACAGGCACGGGCAGCAACGGGCGGCAACGGGCGGCACAGGCACAGGCAGCAACGAGCGGCAACAGGCAGCACACGCACGGGCAGCAACGGGCAGCAACAGGCAGCACAGGCACGGGCAGCAACGGGCGGCAACAGGCAGCACAGGCACGGGCAGCAACGGGCGGCAACAAGCAGCACAAGCACAGGCAGCAACAGGCGACAACAGGCAGCACAGGCAUGGGCAGCCAUACCGAGUCCAGGAGCGGCAGCUCCAGCUCACCAUGCACCAUCGUCGACAACCCACCGCUCGACGGAACCUUCUGCUGGUGCACCGACCUCGACAGAGUAGAGGCCAUACUCUUCGACGAGCCACUAACGAAACCCUUGGACGACAUCACCGAGGCCCGGCAGCUUCUUGCGGUCAAGCUGCGGCAGGUGCACGACUUUCAGUUCGAGCAGUGCGUCGAUCCACACCGGGGCUCGCUCGAAGAUGUUUACACGGAGGAGCAGUUCCGCAUUCUCGUUUCAGACAUCCUGCCGUACUGGGCCAAGGAGUACUUUCGGGAGCCGAUGAGUUUCCCCAGUCAGUCGCUGUGGAGGGCCUUGGCCGUGAGGGUGAUGAUCCUGAUGGCGCAUCACAUGCUGGGCAGGGGGAUAAGCAUCCGCGAGAUCCACUACUGCAAUAUUUUCACUCACGUCCUUCCGCCCAUCACGAACAGCAAGGGGGAAUCGUCGCUCCACGUUCUCGUGGUCGCCUAUCGCAGCUCGAAGACCAUCAAAGACAGCAAGCUCGGCCACCUGUACCUGACUCAACACAUGGACUUCCGGCAGUGCGGCUUCGGAGCAGUGUUCAUGUGGAUACAUUUCAUUUUCGACCUUGUGCCGCUCCACUACAACAACGAUAAGAUCGUGCCCCCCUUGGAUUUCAGCAACCCGACAAAUUGGCCAAAGAAGCACCUGUUCUUCGCCCUAUUCGACAAGGACAAGACCGAGUUGCCGUACGUGACUCAUGCCAAAUGGAUUAACUGGGCGAUGAAAAGCGCGGAGUGGAUCCUGACGAAAGUCACACAUAUCUUUCGACGGUCUGCGGCACAGAUCCUCGCUGACAAAAACUAUGAACUCGACAACAUCGCGCAGCUGGGUCAAUGGGACAUGAACGAGAUGCGCAGGUCAUACGUCACAGGCAUCCCGCGCGGGGCCAUCCAGCUGCAAGCGGGUUUCACGACGGAACCGGGUGACUAUUACCUUGGAAGAUCGAAGAGCGAAGUACCCGCGAAGGUCGUGAAGGCUAUCGAGGAGCACAUAUUUCCUAAGGCGGAGCAGUGGCUCGACGAGGCGAUGGAAUGGAACAACGAGCAGGACAAGGAGCAUAUGUUCUUCGCAGCGAAAAGUUUCUUGAAGGCCCUGCAAGCCGCCCGAAUGGCCAUCGCCGAGGAUCUUGCGAUGUACUACGUCCAUUGUGACGACCACCCCUUCGACGGAGUGACUGUUUGCGACUGCGAGCGUCACCCUUAUGCACAGAUGUCCGGUCUGUGUAAGGACAUGGAUUUCCAAAAAUGGGCGCUUGACGUGUACCUGCUCGACAAGUACGGCAUCGAGAUGUGGACCAACCCCAUGCUGUCGAGAGCUUCGGUAAGAUGGCCCUUCUAA